AUUUGAGCAACUGGCCGUGCACUCAUUACGACUUACUUUGAUAAUAUAACAUGUGGCUUUUAAACUCUGGUCUGUUUGUUUUUACACAUUUAUAACAUACAAAAUCACUGUCUUACCAACCAUUGAUUUUGAGCUAGAAAACAUAUUAAAUUAGGCGCUGUUUAAAUUGAAUUACUCUCGAAGCAGCAUUGUUCACAGUUAGAGAAGUUUUGUCAAAUUUAUUAAUUAAAUUCAGCUUACUUCAAAUUGAGCUUAUAUCCAAAAAAUUACAUCAUUUCAGAAAGAUUUUAUCGCUUGUUUCUUCUGUUUUGCUGUUUUUUGCGCUUAAUGUUUUUUGCGCUAUUCUCUAAAAAAACUCAAAAUUCUCAAGAUUGCUAGUAAUUUUUUUGGUGAAAAAUGAGUGAAAGUGAUUUUUCUUAUUUUUCGAACCAAGUCAUUGCCUCUGACAUCCACUACAGGCCUAUUUCUACGCCUGACAUCAUCCGAGAGGAACCUGAAAGGUACCACGAGGGCCUUUCGCGAUCCAGCGUGCAACAGUUCAACUAUUUGGCCCAGGCAUACAACAACACCCCUCAAAAAAGGACACAGCUGUAUCCCUAUCGUCGGGCUCUUCAGAAGCAAACAAAGAUGCCAGCUGUCAAUCCAAAGUUGGUGAUCAAGUAUGGUCAGUGGCUCAACAGUCCACGAGAUGUGGGUUACAAACUGGACAUGGAGAGUAAAAGGGACAUCUUGGCUGAGUCAUACAGGUCCAAACACAAGGAAAACUUCAACAAGUACAGUCGGGGAAUGAUUGUCAAAACUCCGAGAAAACAGAAAAAAAGUCAGCCUGAAGAAAAGCCAAAGCAGCAAGAGAAUGAAGAUUGAAACAAGCUAAUAAUAACAGUGUAUUUUCAAAAGUAAGGUGUAUUUCAAGAUUAAUUGUGUAAAUUUUGGCAGCUUGAUGUUUCCCAUA